AUGAGCUCCCCGGCGAGGUCGACCGUCUCGGCGGCGAGCGCGGGAGGCGGGACCGCGAUCCCCGCCGCGGACGACGUCGCCGACUCCAUCGACGCGCUCUACCGCAUGGACGAGGCCAUGACCGAGCUCCGGUCGGAUGUGAUGGAGGCGCUGCAGAAGGAGGUCAGGUCACUCGACGACAACAACUGGAUGUUCGCCGCGCCGCGCUCCCGCAUCAACCUCGUCUCCAAGCCAGAGGUAAUGGCUAGGGGAAAAUUUCGGAGCUGGAUCAGGCACCCAAGAAGACAAUGAACUGCUAGGGAUUUUAUAGCUGUCUGGAAUUUCCAUCUAUGCUCUCAUCUUGUUUCAAUCACAUUUAGUUGCAUCUGCUAAAUCAUUUUCUCCUACAUGCUAGAAUAUUUAACAGACCAAAGUGUGAUGGUGCUGUUCAUGAUUUUGUCAAGCCAUUUUCAGGUAAAUGCUAGGAUUUACAUUUAAUUAACCCAAUGGUUAUGGUGGUGUUCAUAACUUGUGCCUUUUCCCACAAAAUCCUUCCAGAUUCAUCCAAGUAUUUUUCUCAGAUGCAUUUUGAGAUACAACA